AUGUCUGUGUACAAGACUUUGGUAAGAGAGAGAAGGCACCAGGAAGCCUUGAGGCUACCCUUACCACUUCCAACCCCAGAGGCUGAUCUCUGGAACCGUACCCUGUCACCUUCACCAUUGUCAUUCUCAACUUCAAACUCUUGUGGCACUGACAACCUCUCCGACCUCGAGAAACUGGUGAUUUUAGGCCACGGUAGUGGAGGCACAGUCUACAAAGUCCGCCACCGGAAAACUUCUGCAGUGUAUGCACUGAAAGUCCUCCGGUUUGGCAAAGAUGUAGCGGCGAUGGCCGAACAGCAGGCGGCACAAGAGGCUGAGAUUCUCAGACAAGUUGACUCGCAGUUUGUCGUGAGGUGUCAUGGUGUUUUCGAUCAUGGGUUCACUGAUAUAUAUGGAGGUGGUGAUCUUUGCUUCAUCAUGGAGUACAUGGAAGCAGGAUCACUACACGACGUCUUGCGUACACGCCGGAGAUUACCGGAAAAACUCAUCUCCGUCAUGGCACAACGUGUCUUGGAAGGACUAAACUAUCUGCAUUCCAUGCAGAUAGUGCAUAGGGACAUAAAACCAUCAAAUUUACUGAUUAACAACAAAGGAGAAAUAAAGAUUGCAGACUUUGGGGUGAGUCGAGUUGGGAGAUGCACUGCUAGAGAGCGAGACUCGAGUAUGGGUACGUGUGCAUACAUGAGUCCAGAAAGAUUUGAUCCGGAGGGGUGGAACGGAGAUUGUUCCGAUGGGUUCGCAGGAGAUGUGUGGUCCCUCGGAGUGGUGGUGUUGGAAUGCCAUGUGGGUCAUUUUCCGUUGAUCGGUCAAGAACAAAAACCAGAUUGGACAACACUAAUGUGUGCAAUUUGCUUCGGAGAGAGAGUACAGAUGCCGGAGACGGCCUCACCGGAGUUCCGGAAUUUUGUGUGGAGGUGUUUGGAGAAGGAUUGGAGGAUGAGAGGAACUGUGAAGGAGCUUCUCGUUCACCCUUUUGUGACAAAAGACAACAGUGGGUUUUCAGAAGAGCUGGUUGGUUAUGCCUUACAUUGUUGA